AGGCGCUGCUUCCUUGCAGAGCGUCGCUGCUUCUCGCUGUUUACGUUUGUCCUGCAACAUGGAGGACGAAGUGGAUGUUGACAUCGAGGGAGACGACUUCGACAGCAACGUGGGAGAGAUGGACGCAGCAGGGUUAGUCCCGGAGCAGCUCAUCCAGCCUGCCGUCAGAAACAGCUCCUGGAUGCUGCCCUGGGAGCUGGACAGCUCCAUCAGCCCGGAGAACAGAGAGGCGAUAGAGAGGAUGCUGUUGGAGGAGCAAUAUUACUUGACGGGUGAGAAGAUUCCUGACAUUUUGCCCAGUGAUCCCAGUAAAAAGCCUAAAGUAAAGAAAUCUCCAACGAAAAGCUCAACCUCGGCCUCUGCUUCAUCCCGCUGGUCCAAACAGGAAAAAGAGCUGUUUCAGGAGGGAUUGGCCCGUUAUGGUCGAAGGUGGACAAAAAUCGCCAAGCUGGUGGACACUCGCAGUGUCCUUCAGGUCAAGAGUUACGCUCGGCAGUAUUUCAAACACAAGGCUAAAGCAGACCCCGGAGCUGCGGCUCCCUCUACAGGUCCAGAGCAGCACCUGCAGCCUCCUCAGCCGACAAUGAUCAAUACUGUGCGCAUAGAGAGGCUUUCUGAUGACGAGGAUGUCGACAUCACUGACGAUCUGAGUGAGGGCGAAGGGGAGGACACCAAAAGCGAGUUCAGUGGGCCAGCAGCGCAGCCAGAGACUGAGACUAGAACAGAAUGGUCCACAGAAGAACAAAAAGAGCCGACUCAGUUGGAGAGCAUCAAUGAGGCAAAGGACCAACCUUGCCUGAGUUCUCCUACUGGCCAAAGUCCUCAGUCCGCUUUUAUAUUUUUUUCCACCAAGGAAGAUGAAAAAACAUCAUCAGAUGAGGAUGUUUUACAGACAGAACGUCCCGAGAUAGAAGCACAGACAGAUUCAAAGGCGACCACACAGACGGCUCGGCUCGCAGAAACAUGUCAUGACUCCACAGAUUCUGCUGAGAACAUGGCCAUCCAUGGACCACAGAAAGAGCAGGAGGACGAAGAGGAUGAAGUUGAAGAGCUUAAGGCCCCUGAGCAGGAGAUUGAGCUGGACAAGGAGACUAUCACGGAGGAUGAAAAGCAAGCCAUCCCUGAGUUCUUCGAGGGUCGACCAUCAAAAACCCCCGAACGAUACCUGAAGAUCAGGAACUACAUCCUGGAUCAAUGGCUGAGGAGCAAGCCCAAAUACCUGAACAAGACGUCGGUCCGUCCGGGUCUGAAGAACUGUGGGGAUGUGAACUGCAUCGGGAGGGUACACACGUACCUGGAGCUCAUUGGAGCCAUCAACUUCAACUGUGAGCAAGCGGUGUAUAAUCGGCCAAACGUGGUGGACCGGACCAAGACGAAGGAGGGCAAAGAUGUGCUUGAGGCUCUUCAGCUAGCUCAGAGAUUGCAGAGCAUGCGGACCAGGAAGAGACGCGUGCGAGACAUAUGGGGGAACUGGUGUGACCCUAAGGACUUGGAAGGACAGACUUAUGAGCAUCUCAGUGCCGAGGAGCUGGCUCAGCGGCGAGAGGAGAUGAAGAAGCAGCCUAAACCCUGCAAGACAUCCAGAAACAGAGGGACUUUUGAUCCGUUCCAGCUGAUUCCUUGCAGAUCUUUUGAGGAAGAUGUACAGGAACCAUUCCAGGUCAUCGUGUGUGCCGAGACUCUUCUCAUCAUGGACAUGCAUGCCCACGUCUCAAGAGGCGAAGUCAUUGGCCUGCUGGGUGGAACGUUCAGCCAGGAGGAGAAAGUACUCAAGAUCUGUGCAGCAGAACCAUGCAACAGCGUGAGCACGGGUCUGCAGUGUGAGAUGGACCCAGUGUCACAGACUCAGGCCUGUGAUGUGCUCGCAGCCCUGGGCCUUUGCGUGGUGGGCUGGUACCACUCACACCCCUCCUUUCACCCAAACCCUUCAGUGCGGGAUAUCGACACGCAGGACCAGUUCCAGAGUUAUUUUUCCCGCGGUGGAGCCCCCUUCAUCGGGAUGAUAGUGAGCCCGUAUGACCCUGCUAACCCUUCGCCACACUCCCAAAUCACCUGCUUGUUGGUGAAGGAAAGCCAAGAGCCUCUAAGCCAAAACAAGCUGCCUUACAGGUUCAGCUUUCUAUCCUCACAAGAUUCUCCUGACUGGGAGCAGACCACGAGGAGGGCUCACUGGAUCAUCCAGAAGUACGCUCAGACACACGGGAGCGUACAGAUGGACAGGUUGUUUCGGAGAGACUCUAGCCUCACCUGUCUGGAAAAGAUGAUGGCGUCUUUGGGAAGACACUUGGAGCCCCUGGCAGAUGGAGAGGGAGACCAGUUCCUCUCCGAGAUCCAGUCCCUGUUCUUGUCGGAGUUUAUGUCCAAGCAGAAAUCCUCACAUCAGGAAGAAGGAGAGCCUUUAAGCGUCUCAAAGUCUGUGCAAUCAGACGACAUCGCUUUUGAUCAGCUGACCAGUCAGGAGAAGGUCCACAAGGGAGGAGAGGGCGGCGAAACAAACAGCGGCUCAGUUUUGCAUUUAGGCUCCGUGUUAUCAAUUGAGCACGACUAUUUACUGUGAAAAAGAGACAAAAAAACCCCCUAAUAUUUAGCUGUGUAUAGCGUUUGAAGUACACAUGUUGGUUUUUAUUACAGCUUUAUAUUAUAAUAAAUCUGAUAGAAUUAUAGUUGGAAUCAAUAAUACAAUCAAUCUCCUGUAUAUAAUUGUUUAUGUUGGAGCUGUAUUGGUUUAAUACAGUAAAGGAUAUGGUUGUGGGGUCCAAAAAGAUUAUGAUUGUUAGGGGUAGACUCUCAUACCAGUACGGUGCUUUGAUACCAACCAAGAGUCCUCCAAAUAAUCGUAAAUCAAGUCCAUGUUUGAGUGUGUGUGUCUAAGAGAGUAUUUUAUCAGUUCCUAUGGUACUAAAAUAAAAUAAUUUUUACAGUUUU